AUGGUGUCACUACUUUGUACUCUCGGCCAGCACACAGACGAGGUCAGCUGCUGUGCUUUCUCUCCGUCCCUCCUCGCCACCGGCUCCGGGGAUAAGAGCCUCCGGGUUUACAGCGCGGCUGACUUCUCGGAGCUCCCCUUCUCGCCUCUCUCGGGCCACGGCUACGGGGUCCACUGCUGCUGCUUCAGCUCAUGUGGCCGCUUCCUGGUCAGCUGCUCCACGGACGGAUCCACCAUCGUGUGGAGCUCGGAGACAGGUGAGGUGACCGCGGUGCUGCAGCAUCCGGCCCGCAGCCCGCUCCGAGUGUGCGCGGUGGCUCCGGACUCCUCCCUGGUGCUGGCAGGGGCCUGCGAUGGCACCGUGGCCCUCUGGGACUUCCCCUCCAAGACACUACGCAGAUGCAGUGCAGUGAGCGAGGCCAGUGUUGUGGCCUGCUGCUUCUCUCCCUGUGGCCAGAUGUUUGUGACCGGCUGCACCCACGGAGACCUCAAACUGUGGGAUACGGACAUCAACCUGCUGCAUGUUGAGAAGGACGCCCAUGACCUGGGUGUCACCUGCUGCAGCUUCGCACCGCAGUUUAUAGUUGAGGGAUGCUGUGUGGAGUUUCGACUGGCCUCCUGUGGACAGGACAGCCUGCUGAAAAUACGGAUUGUUUCCCAGCGUGAAGGAGCAGCUUGGGUCAUGAAGCUGCUUCACACUCUCACGAGCCAAUCAGCUCCAGUUCUGUCUUGUGCCUUCUCUUCUGAUGGAGAGCUGGUCGUCUCGGGGUCGGUGGAUAAAAGUGUUGCAAUAUAUGAUGUGAACCUGGGAACUCUGCUCCACACUUUGAAGCAGCACGACAGGUACGUGACUGCUGUCGCUCUGUCCCCCACCAUGCCGUGGAUCGCUACCGGCUCCAUGGACAGAUCGGUCAAUGUGUGGAGGAUAGGCGAGCCAGUCACCACAACUGCAGCUGAAUCAAGGCAGACAGUGUGCCAAGAAAGGAAGUUGCCGGGUCACUCCAGGCUGCUGGUUGCUGAUUGGUCGGAGCAGGAUGUGCAGACAUGGCUGUGUGAGGAAGGACUGCAGGAGCUCAUCAGCAUCUUUAAAGCCAACAACAUCGACGGAGCAGAGCUCAGCCGGCUGAACAAGGAAACGGCAGCAGAGCUGGGAAUUGAGUCUGUGGGCCUCCGCGGCCGUCUCCUGAGGAAAGUCGCGGCCCUGCAGGCAGAGCAGAGCGGUUCAGAGGCCCCGGAUGAGUUCCUGUGUCCGAUCACCAGAGAGCUGAUGAAGGAUCCAGUCAUUGCUGCAGACGGAUAUUCCUACGAGAGAGAAUCCAUCGAGAGCUGGAUCAAGGGCAAGAACAAAACCAGCCCCAUGACCAACCUGCUGCUGCAGACCACGCUCCUCACCCCCAACAGAUCUCUGAAGAUGGCUAUAACACGAUGGAAGUCGAGCCAGUAGCUCAUUUUAGCCUGUUUGUCAACCAAACAGGUACUUUAUCAUCACACCGGAGCUGCUCAGCUGCUCACAAGUGCUCUUAUCAUCACUAGAAUAAGUACUGUUCACAGAGAUUUGUUCAGGCUAACACACAUUUUACCAAAUAAUCAGAAUCCAAAGUCUCAUAUGUUAACAGGUAUUUAACCAGUAAAUAGUCUCCUGUUUUGCAUAUACAGUAGUGUUCAAAAUAAUAGCAGUCCAAUGUGACUAACCAGAUUAAUCCAUAAAGUUUUUAGUAUAUUUUUUAUUGCUACAUGGCAAACAAGGUACCAGUAGGUGCAGUAGAUUCUCAGAAAACCAACAAGACCCAGCAUUCGUGAUAUGCAGCUCUUAAGGCUGUGCAAUUGGGCAAUUAGUUGAAAGGGGUGUGUUCAAAAAAAAUAGCAGUGUGGCAUUCAAUCAGUGAGGUCAUCAAUUUUGUGAAAAAACAGGUGUGAAUCAGUUUGCCUCUAUUUAAGGAUGAAGCCAGCACUUGUUGAACAUGCAUUUCUCUUUGAAAGCCUGAGGAAAAUGAGUCCUUCAAGACAUUGUUCAGAAGAACAGCGUACUUUGAUUAAAAAGUUGAUUGAAGAGGGGAAAACGUAUUAUUUAAUGGAUUAAUCUGGUCAGUCACAUUGGACUGCUAUUAUUUUGAACACUGCUGUAUGUGCAUACCUGCCAACUGUAUGCAUUACACUGUAUAUUUAAAGACAUCAAUAACUUAAAGCAACACUGUUACCUUAUGAAUGUAUAAAAACUCUUCCUCUCCUAUAUUAAAAGUUUAAUUCCUAAAUGAAAUGUCCCACUGUGUAAUACACUCAGGGUAGCUCACACUGGCUACAGUUAUGAAACAUUAGAUCAGUCUCCAUGUCCUUUUAUGUCUUUAUUAAAUAUUUGAAGUUGUAAUUUAAAAUCUGUACAGCACAUUGAAUAACACUUGGUUUGUUUAAAAGGUGCCAUAUAAAUAACAUUUAAAUAUUUGAUUGACUAGAUAGAUAUUCCUGUGUAAUUGACAUGAUCUGACUGUUGUAGCUUCUGAUUUAGCAUCUACGAUUAUCCCAUAAUGUUCAUUUGUUCUAAUCAGUAGUUGCUCAGACAUUUUGUUCAGCCGCCGGAAUGCCAUAAAAUGAAUGCAUUAUAUUUUAAUCUUUCGUCUUCUGUUUCACUACUUUCACUUUAAGUAGCUUAUAUUUCAUGCACCACUUGGCUAAACUGCCCUGACGAGCAAAUUUGUUUGAGUUUUGUGACUGGUAGCCUAAAUUACUUUUCCCCUAUCUUGGUAAUUAUGUAAUAUUUUUCAUAAAGUUGUGCACGUUAAUGUAGCCUGCAUGAAACAACACCUGAAGAACGCCCUGGGUGACGUGUCUAGUUUUUGGGUUCGUGAUCAUAUCAAACGUAUUUGAUAUUAUGUCAAGUCUCAGUGACGUAACACAAUCAACAACCAAUAGAUGAGUGGGGACAGGGUCCCUGGUUCCAGACCGGACAGUAAAACCACUUCCACAGGAAAAGGGAACAUCACAAUAAUGCUAGUAAGCUCAGUCCUCAAUAAAAAUAUAGUGAUGUAGUAUAUUUAGAUUUUUGGGGGCGAUGUUUCUUAGUAAAGAGAACAGUAAGGAGACCCAGUUUAAGUGUAUAAAUAAAUGUAUACAUAAAUAAGUAAUAAAUAAUCGAUGAUUAGUUGAAUAAUUAUAUUUAUGAGCUCUAUCAACUUUCAUUUAGUUAAUCAUACUUUAAACACAUUAUAAAUAGGACAUAAAUGUAUAUCAUGAAUUCAUUUCUAAAUGUUCCUUUCCUUUAUUCUUCCUUAUAUCUAUUUUUACUGAAAAAUA